AUGGAGUUUACCAAUCUCAGUAUGGGAAGUAUGUCUAUCAGUGAGUAUUAUAAUAAAUUCAUUGAGCUAAUGAGGUUUGCACCUGAAGUUGUCCCAACUGAAACUAUCAAAGCCCAGAGGUCCAAGCAAGGCCUAACCUUAACCUUUCAAGGGAAGCUAGGAGGAGUGACUUUUGAAACUUUGGAUGAAGUUUAUGGUCAUGCUGCCCAUUUGUAUGGGAUUAAGGGAAGGGAAAUUGAGAGUUCUGAGGGAGAGGAAAAAAAGAAAUCUGAGUCUGGGAAUGGAGGUUUUAAUGGAAGAAAGGAGAAUAAAGGGAACUUUGGGAAGGGAAAUGAUGGACAAGAAACCAAUGUUCGAGGAAAUGGGGAUCAAGAAAACAGUGAGAAACCCAAGAGAUUGUAUUUUUGUAGAAGGUGUGAGAAGAACCACCCUAGGAAAGAUUGUGAAGGUAGCCCAGUGACUUGUCAUUAUUGUCAAAAGCUAGGACACCGUGAAUAUGAGUGCUUCAAGAAGGAAUCUGAUGUCAAGGCAGGGAAAGUUCAUGAGAGUAAGAACUCAUUCAAGCCAUCUCAAUUUAGUGGACCACAAGUUGGAACCAGUAGCAAUGGAGAGAAUGUUCCUAAUGGGCGUGUUUUCGUAAUGAAUAAUUGUGAACAUGAAAGCUCUGAAUGA